AUGAGUCCCAUGCUAGAUAUAUCUCGGACCAGUCAACUACCACCCGAGUUAUGGGAAGAUAUUAUCAAGUACUCCACUCCAUCCUCGCUGCGUGCUUGUCUAUCUGUGUCCAGGCUCUUUCACGAUCUCGCUGUGCGAUUUCUGUUUUCUACGAUCCACAUCCAGUUCGGGGCACUAUCUCCCCAUGGCCUAUCCCCCGAGGAACACGAAAGACGAGUGGCCAGGAAUUGCUCCAUCGGAUCUGAUAUCUUAUGCUAUAUCGCAAGCAAACCCUCUUUUGCUGUGGUCGUGAAAAAAAUCGUAGUGCAUUCCUACAUGGUGGGCCCAUAUGUCUUUGAUCGACAACUCUUGAUUGAUGCCGUAUCAAAGUUAAGCAAUCUCUCGUGUUUUGUCUGGUACGGUGUGGCAUCGAGCGUAUCUGCCACUCUUGUGCUAAAUCGUCCCGAUCUCGAUCCAGCUAAUGGAGACAUCAGGAUCCCUCUAGCCUCGUCUCUUCCGCUUCGACGAAUCCAAAAUCUCCGGUCUUUGUCUUUGGAGUGGUGGGCUGACGAGCUCGAGCAUGAGGAUCCCGAAUUGGAGCUUACGGAAGUGCGCGACAUGAUCGAGGCAAACACAGACACGCUGCAAGAAUUGGAGAUUUGUGCUCCACACUGUCGGUCGUUUCCUCUACGCACCCUCCGAAAUCUGGUAUACUUGCAUCUCAUUGAUGCUCCGCUAGAUAACAUCGAGACUGUGUUUCGUUAUGGCGACCAGCUCGAAGCCCUCUCGAUCGUACCGGAUGUUCACUGUGUCCAGGAGCUCUUCUCGGUGAUCGCCUCACAUCCAAAACGCCUUCCGCGGCUAUCCUCCUUCAAGCUGAUUCAGUCGGACGACGACGAAUGGCGUCCCGAUGUAUCCGACAUGGCUGCACUGGCUGAAUUCUUUCGGACGAAAAAUAUGCGUAGACUGGACUGUAAGCUAUGUGUGGACUGCACGACAUCCCUACCUUUUCUGCAAAUGCUGCAAAAUCUCAAGAACCUGCAAGUGCUCGGUAUUGGUCUGAUUUCUCCGACAUUUGUCCAGAACGACUCUCUCUCCUUUACCAACUACAUUCCCAAGAAUAUCUCUGCACUGCGCCUCCGCCUGGGAUACGACGGGACGAUCAUUGGACGAGACGUCAUUCUUCAUCUAUGGGACCACUUUGAAGGCCUCCGUUAUGCGCAUAUCGUCGUCUCAACUGUCCCAGAUAUUACCCUUGCUAUGUUGAUCUCUUCCAAUAGCAAGCAGGACCUGGAGCUGAUUGCCUACAACGGGCGCGUCUUCCCUUUGGAACGAACAAUCGACAAUGUAUGUGUAGGCAAGUCGUGGAGUGAAUGCAAGACUACCACUCGCGCGGUGGAGGACUUUGGUAAUGAGGAUUGGGAGUGGUUGUCCAGGCAUUACAUGGUAUAUUGGUAA